AUGACAUCAUAUGAUCCGAAGACUUUUCGCGCAUUCUUUGAACCUAGAAAACCGAUACAACAGCUGCGUCUCUAUUCAACUUCAAAACAUCAUUAUCCUCAAAUAACAUCAAUCACUUUACUCGAAUAUAAAAAUGGGCUUGUAACGGCUGAAGAACAGAUUUCGCAUAGUCCUCUUUCAUUCUCGGUCAAAAAAUGUGGCAAAAUUCGCCUCUUUCAUCCUAAAUCACUUUGGCAUAUGUAUAUUCAAGUAUCAAUGGAAUCCUGCAAGACGAAAAAUCGGCAGCGUUACGUUUCUCCAUUAGGAUUCGAAGUUGAGGUUGACAUGAAUAUGUCGGAUGAAAGAUACCGGUUUAUUACUAACGAGGAGAUUAUAAACGACAUAAAUGUCCUAACACCACCACCCAUUGUAAGGUCAACUUCUUCCUUUCCAUUUAAAGAUCAUAAGUUCACCGAAUGGUGCGUUAAAAAACCUUCAAGGUGGCGAAAAAUGUUAUCACAUACAGGUCAUACCGUUAAAAGUUGGUGUCGAAGAGGAUUUAU